CAUCCAGGAUGUGCAGGCACCACACGGUGUAAACAGAGCCAAGUCUCGCAGCAGGCUCUCCGUCAUGGGGACUGAGGGAAAGAUGCCGGGCGGCCCCACCGACCUGGAGCGGGACUGGAUCCUACAGCUCCAGGAUACGGUGGGUGCUGUUUUCUCUAAUUAUGGCUGGUACAUCCUGUUGAGCUGUGUGGUUAUGAUGCUUCUAAAACACAAGCUGAGUGAGAAAUUCCGACAAGUCCUGGGAACUCCACGCACAUCUAGACCAGAUCCUGAGGAGGUGGUAAGAAGACAGGAAGCAAUGGCCGCAGCGCGGUUGAGGAUGCAAGAAGAGCUCGAUGCACAGGCAGAGAUAUUUAAAGAAAGGCAAAAGCAGCUGGAAGAGGAAAAGAGGCGUCGUAAACUAGAAGGCUGGAAAAGUAAUAAAGUGACUUACCAAGUUAAUGAGACCUCGUCUCCAUCUCCCAGCACAUCCACAUCUUCCACCCCCUUAAAGCCAAAAACAGAAAAGCGGUCUCUGCGUGGAAGUGGGUUUAACCCACUCACUGGUGAUGGAGGUGGCACAUGCGUGUGGAGACCCGGCCGAAGGGGCCCCUCUACAGGAGGAUGAGGUUAAACUCCUUGCUGGUAUUUUCCCAAAUUAUACCAGCAAGGUUUGAAGGGCUGUUACCAUCCACAGAAAUAGCAUUUAUCCUAGUAUCUCACCGUUGUUAUUUACCAUACCUUUGGCUGACAUGGGAUGUACAGUGACAUUCCAUCUACCCAGUUCAGUAGCUUUAUAAACAAGAAGAACAAGUCACAGACACUAUCAUUUUUGGUUCUCCAGCUGGACAUUUCUUGGUGGGGGGGGGGAAAUGUUUUUCGUUUGAGAAAAUGAUUCUGUGGACAUUCGGUGCUACUAAUGGAUGCUUUUAAUGAUGUCAUCCUUAUAAAUGGUUCUCUAUCCAAGAAGGAUGACUGAAAUGGUGUGGUGAUAACACCCUUAUUUUUUUGUUUAUCUGUUUUGUUUCUAUGUGUUUACUGCGUCUAAUGAUACUUUGCACCUUCAGCUUGUUAUAGUGAUGUUUGUACAAAAUAAAAGGAUCAUUUUCACAAUUUUUAGCACUUGAGGUUCCAGCCACAUUUGGCUGGUUCCUUUACAUGUACAGGGUUUAUGUAUCAUUUGUUAAGUACUGAAUUUGAAUCCUAGCUCUUAAUCACAAGAAUAACAUUUUGCAGAAAAUACAAACAUUUCACUAAUAAAAACUGCUAUUAGCAGAA